ACUGAAGCAUAUUUUUUUCGUUUUCGGCGAGAGAUAAAAGGUACCGUACAGCAGUAGUUUUCUAUUUAUUAAUGUCUACUUAAUGCUUUGACGAAUAAGACAUGUGACGCCAAAAAGCCAUGUACGGUAGGGCACGAACCGAUCGACUCUUACUGGUCACCAUCCAUGGUGCGUCAUUUCCAUUAGCCUACACGUAGAUUUGCUACUGAAAUUGAACGAAGCGAUAACAGCUAUGUAUUUUUGUCCGCCCUGCCGAAGUUACAGCGUGCGCCAAAUUUUUAUGAAAAGGUUUAGCCGCCCCACCCUUGACAAGUACCGUACUGCUAGUCAUGCGAAGUAUUCUUGUACUGAUUGAUUCGCUUUUGUCCCUUCUGCCAUUUCAACACUAGUGAUCACUCUGACACCUCAAUAAAUGAAUGGACAGUGUCAGCAAGGGUAUUCGAUCGCUUACAAUUCUGUUUAUCUUUGAUAAGGAACAAACACUACACCACGGACUAUUAUUUCCUGAGUGUAGCAGCGUGAAACUUGAAACGCAAAACAUAAAACGCCAAACAUCGACCUAACAAGAAUCAGGAUCGCUCAAAUACAACCGUUGGUUUGAGCAAAGUUUAUCCUGCUGUGUCGGUUUUGGAUCAAAUCGUAGUAAUCUAUUUGAACCCCGAAACGAAAACAGAUUGAUCGACUUCGCAAGAACGAAGACAACAAGACGACUGAACAGAAAAUGCCUUCCAUUGUACAUGCUCGGCACGAAUUGAAAUAUCUCAUGGUACAAGAACAAGAGGUAAUCGUAAACCAGCAACACCCAAAAAAGAGCAUGAGCGUGGAAAUGUCGAACAGUAUCGGCGAGCUUGAUACGUAUUGCAAUAAACCAUUGCUUCUGGCACCAGUAACGGCAACGGAUGCAGAAUGUGGAGAUACUAGCGAUGACGCGACGAAGACAACUUCUGGUCCGGAAGACGACGAGGAUGGUUCUCGGAUUGAAUGUGAAACGGAUGAUCGCGACGCCAACAACGAGGAGAACAAUAGCCUAUCGACUUUGGAUAGCAACAGUAUAAGCUCGGCCGCUGUUGCCAAUGCGCUGGCAACCGAGGAUGCUGCCGCCGCAAUUCCCAAUUUCCCUGAGUGCAAUAAGAAAGCAACUGAGAACAAGAGAUCUGUUCAGUUCGAGCCCAUGUCUACGAUGUACGUCUUUGACGAUGACGAGAGUAGCGAGGGUUGCGAAGACGAGGUGGAAGGCGAUGAAGUUCGUGCCCAGGAACAAUCCAUCGAUCGAGAUGUCUUUUCGUGCUACAGUACCAAUGCUAUCGCUAGCCCUAAGCCCUCACAGAGCGACCCGAGUGACAGUCUCUCUUGCAACAAGUACUACAUUGAGAACGCCUGGUAUUCCGCCAAUGAUAUCAAGGCAUUUCGAGCGGAUGCGUGGCUCACGGUGAACUGGAUGGUCCUGAACGGUUUUGCCGGAGAAAACAUGGCUUACAUCACGGGGAAGCACCUGGAAGAAGCCGUUGCUCUCGACUCGGGAGAUCACCCCGAACAAGACGAAUUAAAGCUUGAUAGUGACACCGAGUCGGCGGCGAUGCUCUCCGCAAGGGUUCAGCAAGAAAAAGAUCAAAAAGAUCCCCAGCCCCGGUACUCCUUUUGCUCCAGGGGCGUAGAGUGCCGAACCCCACUGGGACGAAUCGUGAAGAACAAGCGUCGAUUAGACGCGAUGCGAGCCGUCCUAUUGUACCAACAGAUGCAAAAGAACAGCCGAAGGGUGCAGCGCCGGAAGGCAAUCAAGGAGCAACAGCGCAGCAACAGCAACAAGGGGUAUGACAACUGCAACGAAACCGACUACGACCACCUGGAACGACUCCGAAGGAUCGAGAUCGAGAUUGACACGGAGGCCCUGGCAAACGUGUACAGAUCAUACUGCGAAGAAAGCUGCUCGGUGGCUCUUGCCCUCGGUCGACAGGACGCACUCGACGCCGGAAUUCCAAAACCACCACCCAUCGAGAACAGGAACAGCAACCCAGUGGUGGAUUCGUCGCCCCCGGGAUUGACACUGGUAGCAUCCUCCUCGGACGUAUCGUCAUCCUCGUCUCUCUCCAACUCCACGUCGGCAACAAGUGUCACGGCUUCGGUAGCACCACCAAAACUGCCACCCAUCGAGCCGGAAUUUCUCACCCAUCGACGAUCGAGAUCCCUGUCUAUCGAGGACCCUCAAACCAUCGGCAAGGUCAUCGUUGACUGUCCAUCUCUUUGCGACGACGACGACGAUGACGAGGAAGACCUUGCAACUCUAGUCUCUCUCUCCUAUGUCCGCCAUCCAAUUGUCGAAGAGUAUGGUUGUGGCGAGCAAGACGAGGAGGAAGAAGAGCACCAAAAGCAAGGCCUAUCCCACCGCCAUCCAAUUGUCGAAGAGUAUGAUUGUGGUGAGCAAGACGAGGAGGAAGAAGAGYACCAAAAGCAAGGCCUAUCCCACCGCCAUCCAAUCGUCGAAGAGUAUGAUUGUGGCGAGCAWGACGAAGAGGAGGAAGAGCACCAGAAACAAGGCCUAUCCCACCGCCACCCAAUAGUCGAAGAGUACGAAGACGAAGAAGACGAUGACGAAAGAAAUGAAAGAAGUCGCGACACCACGGAGGAAGAAGGAUCCCAGCAGAGCCGAGCGUCUCAUGCAACAAACCACUCCUCGUCGUUUUCGGUUGCCAUUUCUGUUUCAAGUGACGGCUGCACUAACAAAGACAACAGCAACAAUAAAGGCACGAUCGAUGUAUCCGUCGUCGAGGUAACAUUGCACUACAAAAACCCUACAACAUCGUUGCCUUCUACUGUACAGACAGACGAUGAUCAUGCUUCCAACCACCAAGAGAUUCCGCACAUAGAAUCAAUUCCUCCUUCCCACAAUCGGGAUGCUUCCUUGCCAGCACCAAAGGUUUGGAAAUCCCCCUCGGAGUUGCUCUCCUGCUCCUCCUCCAAGCCGUGUGCGUCGCCCGACGCUACUGCUAAUGAAUUGGAUUUGCCAUCGGUCGCAAACAAACCUGUGGCGAUAGCGCAUGAAUCAAGCUCCAAAGUGGCACAUGACCUUCCUUCCUCGCCUCCUUCCUCGCCACCCCGCUCUUCUUCUUUUGAUCGGCUACUGGACGUAGUAUCCGGUGGUCUUUAUUGGUGGUGAAUCAAACCAUCUCCUCAAUUUUGAAUUGUUCAAUUCAUCUGUACAAACUCUUAAUCUAUAAAACAUAACAUACAUCACUACAUUCAAUAAUUUAUUGCUUUUACG